AGUUACUUUUUGAAGUUCACAGUCAGAAAACAGAUUGAGAAUGAGCCAACGCUGAAUAUCACGCUGUCAACAAAUUAACUUUCGCUCAUAAAAUGGCGUUUUUCAGAGCAAUUCGCGACCCACCUGGAUUUCAUUCUACGAGCUAGACCGUGUUUUUUGUUCCCUACGGAUAAAAAGGGAAACAAGCUCUCCUGUAGCGGGACUGGGACAACCAUGCCCGAGAUGUCGAAGAUGAAGAAGCCCGACGUCAAGGUCGUUAUCCUGGGAGACAUGAACGUGGGGAAGACGUCGCUUCUCCACAGGUACACCGAGAGGAAGUUUAAAGACACCAUCAGCACCGUUGGAGGGGCGUUUUUCCUCAAACAGUGGGGACCUUACAAUAUCUCCAUAUGGGACACUGCUGGUCGCGAACAGUUCCAUGGGUUGGGCUCAAUGUACUGUCGAGGUGCAGCCGCGGUAAUCCUCACUUAUGACGUCACCAACUGGCAGAGCCUAGCAGAGCUGGAGGAGCGCUUCCUGUCCCUGACUGAUACUGCUAACCAUGACUGCAUUUACGCUGUAGUGGGCAACAAGGCUGAUCUCACAGACCCUAAAGCUCAGCUAUUCCUGGAUUCAGAUGUGGCAUCUGAGGACCGAACUGAGUAUGAGGAGGAGAGGACAGAACCAGAGGUGCUGACUGCUUGCCCCACACCCCCUGCCUCCCCUGUGUCCUUCUCUGGGAUGAUUCUACAGAAACAGGUUGCCCCCGAGGAUGCAGCGGCUCUUUAUGGGAGAAUACUGCGCUACAAGGGCCUGGAGGAAAACAGCAGCCUGCCUGCAGAGAAGAUGUGCUUUGAGACGAGCGCCAAGACAGGCUAUAAUGUGGACACGCUCUUUGAAACAUUGUUCGAUCUGGUGCUGCCUACAAUCCUGAGGAAGAGAAAUGAGAACAGAGAGUCUCCUACCGUGGACCUGGAGGAUUGCAGAGAGUCCAGCAACAAGCGGAGAUCCGCCUGCUGCUAGGAUCUGGCAGAGGAAGGUGGAGAGGCCGCCACCAGCGGAGACUUGUUUUUAAACAAAGGACAAUCAAUGGGCUGGUCUGCGCACCAAAUACAUACUGUGAUGGUACUACUUAUUUGCCUUGACUGAGAGCCAAUAGCAUUAAUGAUCUACUGGUAAUGCACACAAACACAUUCUUGAUUCUGUGAAGUCAGUAAAAGCAACUAGCGUUCAUAGUGUUCACUGACAUUCUGUCUGUAAGGAAGGGAAAUGAGCGCGUGCUGCGUUAUCACUCGAUGCUUUGAAACCUUCCACCCCAAUGACUGAACCUGCACUUGAUGUCUGUGAGCAAACAACACACAUAAGCAGUCAAUAACUGCCAUUUGUUAAUGUUUUGGAAUGAUAGUGGCACAAAUGCAACAGAGCUAAUUGUUGGGUGGUUGGCACAUUGCACUGUGUUUAUUAUAGGUGUUUUUUGUUUUGUUUUUACACAAACCACUUAUUUUGUUUUAUGCUCCUUUUACUAGCAUUGUUUAUAUUGUAUCAGCACAUUUGGAACUUUUCAAUGAGUCAAUACCAUGUAAAUUUUUAAUACGCAGUCAUAAUAAAGAUUUUUUCAUUUUGCA